AUGAAGCUGGCCUGGUCAAUGAAGAUGGUCAGGAAAUGGUUUAAUAUAAAAAGCAAAACAGAGGAGUUUCAAGCAGAUGCUCCUGCUCCUUCUGCUGGAGUUGAAGUAGAGCACAGAAGUAGCUUCUCAGCAGAGAAAGCUCCCAGCACAAUCAAGAAGACUAAAAGUGAGAAGCUCAGUAAGAACUGGGAGCAGCAAGCUCGGCAAAGGAAAAUGAAUUAUGAGAAUCCUCGGAUCGUUGAUGUCCAAAACUACAGCAUCUUUACUGCUACCUGGAACGUAGCUGGACGCUCUCCUCCUUCUGACUUAAACCUUGAUGAGUGGCUUCAUUCUUCAGCUCCUGCUGAUAUAUACGUCCUCGGAUUCCAAGAGAUUGUUCCUCUUAAUGCUGGUAACGUCCUUGGAGCUGAAGACAAUGGACCUGCUCAGAAAUGGCUCUCUCUUAUCCGUAAAACACUGAACAACCGACCAGGGACUAGUGGAACCAGCGGUUAUCACACACCUUCCCCUGUCCCUGUGCCUAUGGCAGAGCUUGACGCUGACUUCUCUGGCUCCACAAGGCAAAAGAACUCCACCUUCUUCCACAGACGCUCUUUUCAGACUCCAAGUAGUACAUGGAACGAUCCUUCUAUCCCUCAGCCAGGUCUUGACCGCCGUUUCAGCGUCUGUGACCGUGUCUUCUUCAGCCACAGGCCAAGUGAUUUUGACCCUAGUUUCCGUGGUAGCAGCAGCAGCAGUAGUCAUAGGCCUAGUGAUUACUCCAGAAGGCCUAGUGAUUACUCCAGGAGGCCUAGUGAUUAUUCAAGAGCUAGUGAUUACUCAAGACCAAGUGAUUACUACUCUAGACCGAGUGAUUACUCACGGCCAAGUGACUUCUCAAGGUCCUCUGAUGAUGAUAACGGUACUGGAGAUUCUCCAAGCACUGUCUUGUACUCACCAGGCUCUACAGCAAACGAAAAUGGGUAUAGGAUGCCAUGGAAUACUUCUCAGUAUUGUUUAGUUGCUAGCAAACAAAUGGUUGGUGUAUUCUUAACCAUUUGGGUGAAAAGUGAGCUAAGGGAACAUGUCAAGAACAUGAAAGUGUCUUGUGUUGGCAGAGGACUAAUGGGCUAUCUUGGGAAUAAGGGAUCGAUCUCAAUAAGCAUGUUGCUUCAUCAAACAAGCUUUUGCUUUGUUUGUACACACUUGACUUCAGGACAAAAGGAAGGUGAUGAGCUCAAGAGAAACUCAGAUGUCAUGGAGAUACUUAAGAAGACAAGGUUUCCUCGUGUUAAGAGCUCAGCGGAUGAAAAAUCCCCAGAGAAUAUACUUCAGCAUGACCGUGUAAUAUGGCUUGGCGAUCUAAACUACCGGAUAGCACUGUCUUAUCGAUCUGCUAAAGCACUUGUUGAGAUGCAGAACUGGAGAGCUUUGCUAGAAAACGACCAGUUAAGGAUUGAGCAGAAACGAGGCCAUGUGUUCAAAGGAUGGAACGAAGGAAAAAUCUAUUUCCCACCAACUUACAAGUACUCAAGGAACUCAGAUAGAUACUCUGGAGAUGACUUGCAUCCCAAGGAGAAACGUCGCACUCCUGCUUGGUGUGAUAGAAUAUUGUGGUACGGUGAAGGAUUGCAUCAGUUAUCUUAUGUAAGAGGGGAAUCAAGGUUUUCAGAUCAUAGACCAGUUUAUGGCAUUUUCUGUGCAGAGGUUGAGUCAGCUCAUAAUAAGUUAAAGAGAACAAUGAGCUGCUCUGCUUCACGGGUUCAAGCUGAAGAGCUCUUACCUUAUUCCCGUGGAUACACCGAGCUCAGCUUCUUCUAGAAGAAACACACAAGAUUUUUCAUUUCUCCACACUUCACGGUGAGCAAAAGUGUUUUUGGAUCUUUGAGAGUGAUGGAGACAGUUCAUUAACUCAAAGGGAACAGUUUGUAGGUGUAAAAAGUGUUUUGUAAUUUUGGCCUCGGUUAACAAGUUUUCACGUACCGGCGGUUCUGUGGUCUAUCCGGUUCAUAGUUUUGAUGGUUUUUGCUAACUCUGGUGGAUUUGAAAUUUUGCAAGCUACAUUAUAAGGCAAUCAACUAACUCAAUCAGAAACUGCCAAGUAGACAGAAGUUCAUUUAUUAAAUUUUCACCAUUAGGAUAAAUUAAGUUUUAUGUUCUUUGUUUUUAGUCCUUUGUAGCGUGUCCCCAUGGUAAUCAUAUUGUAAUGUUUAUUAUAUAAGUUUUAGGAGAUACAAAGAGAAAAGAUUUCCACUUUUAUUUUAUGAAAAUUGCCGAAAAGUGAACUUGAUGCCGUCUUGUAAUGAUCGUUGGACUGCAAAGAAAGUUUGGGUUCUAG